AUGAGUAAUCACACACCUAUUCAACAAAUGAACCUGGACUUUGUCAUAUCGGUAUUGUCUGAGGUGGAAAAUGCAAAAACGGGGGCUACGAAGGCACAAUCCAAGGCCAAUAUUGAAAAAUUGGUCAAUGGGUUGAGUGCUAAUGGCUUCUACACCCAGGUUAGACCUAGUGGUGACAGUCAAUCGAAUUUAUUAGUAUUCGUGAAAUUGGCAUCUUAUAAGUACGCAGAAGAGAUAGAGAAGGAUUUGAUCAAGAAUUACGAAUAUGGAGUCACCGCUAAAAACGACUCUCCAGCUGAAAAAUUGAGAAUUAUUGCGAAUGUGUUGACUUCUCCAUCAUCAGUAGGUGGUGUUGGUAUCACCGUGGGAAAAGGUGACUGGAGCUUUGUCCAGAGUAUUACUCCUAUUACUGAUUCAUUGAAACAAUCUACUUUUGUUGAAGACUUUCAAGCCCACGUCACUAAUGGCGAUGUCAGCACUAAUACUAUAAAGGAGAAAUUUGGAGUUCAGAUUGCAUUAUACUUCGAAUUUUUGAAAUUCUACACUUUGUGGUUAGGAUAUUUGUCUGUUUUUGGACUUGUAUCUUAUUUUAAAUCCAAGAAGUCUUUCCUGUUAACAUAUACCUUUAUCAAUUUGAUCUGGGGUUGUCUAUUUAUUACUUUCUGGAAUAGAAGACAACAAUACUUGGUUAAUUUUUGGGGAGUACAAAACUCUCAUUAUAUUGAAGAGCACAUUUCAGCCUUGGCGAAGCUUAACGAAAAGUUUGAGGAAAAAUCAACAUAUGAAAAAAAGGGUAAUACUUCAGGAAUCAGAUUUGUUAAGCAACUUGCUUUUAUCCCAAUUGCGUUGUUAUUUGUAGGCAUUUUGAUUGGCUAUCAAUUAGGCUGUUUUGCUCUCGAAAUAUUUUUAUCCGAGAUAUAUGAUGGACCAGGUAAAGCAUUUUUGACCUUGUUGCCUACUAUUUUAAUUUCUGUUUUUGUUCCUAUCUUAACUAUUGGUUAUGGAAUAGUCACGGACCACGUAUUGGCGUGGGAAAAUCACGAUAAUGAAUACAGCCGUGAUAAUUCUAUCAUAGUUAAGCAAUUUGUUUUGAAUUUUUUGACUAGUUAUGGUCCAUUGAUCAUUACUUCUUUUAUUUACUUGCCAUUUGCUCACUUGGUUCAACCACAUAUUGGCGAUAUUCAAUAUUCGAUAUCCAAAAAUUUGAAUCACGACAGAUUUUACCACAAGUAUUUAACAAAUUUGAAGAGAUCUGAAGAUUUCAAAAUAAAUCAACAAAGAUUAAAUGUUCAAUUCUUUUACUUUAUUGUGACGAAUCAAGUUAUUCAAAUUGUAUUGAAAUAUGUUUUACCAGUCGUAUUACAGAAAGGUAUCAAGUUUUUUAAAACUAAAAUCCAAGGUAAACCAGAUUACAAGGUGGAUGAUAGAGAAAUUGAAAAAUCCUGGUUAGAUAUUGUACGUAAUGCUACUCAAUUACCUGAAUACAACGUCAAUGAUGACUUUAGAGGCUUGACAUUGCAAUACGGUUAUUUGAUUAUUUUUGGACCAGUUUGGUCAUUAGCUCCGAUUAUUAGCAUUAUUUUCAACAUAAUUACUUUCAAAUUGGAUAUGUUCAAAUUGUCAAACGGAAAGUAUUUUAAGCCACCAAUUCCUCACAGAGUUGAUUCCAUUCAUCCUUGGGAUCACGCUUUAUUUGCUUUGACUUGGAUAGGAUCUAUAAUCUCUCCAGUUAUUACAGCCUUUUAUCACCAUGGUACUCAACCUCCUAAGACAUUAGGACAAUUUGCGUUAGACAAAGCAAGUGUCAAUAUUUCUGGUACAACUUUAAUAUUCUUGGUGUUCCUUAGUGAACAUUUGUUCUUUGUUUUCUGGGUUGUAUUAUUUAAGAUUUCCAAAUUGUUCAAGAGUGAAGUUGAAAGAAAGAACGACUUCGGUGCAAAUGACCUUAAGAUUAGACAUGAUUACUAUUCAAGUAAGGUUGAACAAACUGCAGUUGCAGGUAAUGAUGGUGAAUGGUCUAACUUUGGUCCUGAACGUGCUUUAAAAGAAGCAGUUGCUAUUCCAAUCGCUAAUGUCAGGGUUGAUAAGACUGAAGACCUUAGUGAAAAGCCUGCCGGUACCAGUUCUAGUAAAAAUGCGACCACUUCUGGAAAUGUUGAAACUCUUCGUGGCUCCUCGAAUAAUUAUCUGACUUCCUACCAAAAGCAAAACAAUGAUCUGUUCGUGUCUGGUUCAAGAGUUGUUGGAGACAACAGGUCUAAUCCUACUACUUCGGGUAUUGAUAGUGGCAUUGUUCCGGGUGCCGCUAGUGCAGGCGCUGUUGCUGCUAGUGCUGGUGCGGCAAAUGGAGGUACUGGUUCCCGUUCCAUCGGAUCUUCAGUCGGUGCUUCUGAUGAUGCUAAACAGCAGUUAAUUGAGGAAAAAAGGAGAUUAUUGGAAGAAAAGGAAAGAAUUUUGAGAGAAAAAGGUGCUCAUUCAAAAAACCUCACUGGUGAUGAAAAGAAGGUUUUAGAAGCAGUGAAGGAUAAAUCCGAUUCCAUUGUAGAGUUGAAGGACUCGAAAGGAAAUACAACCUAUUCAACGAUGGAUAGCAAUCAACACUUUAAUCCUUCAGAACUUGAAAAUGAGAAGACCAAUUUGGAAACCUCAAAAGGUACUACUGCAGGGGUGAACAAUGCUUCUCAAGUUGGCAGUGUUGAAGCCGGUCAGUCUCAAAUCGGUGGGGUCAAGGGUGAUCAAUCUGACAACUUGGAAUCUAAUGGUGCUAGUGGUACUAACGGUGCGAAAAUCGGAUCCGCUGACGCAGACACUAGUGAAGCGGACAUCAGUCAAGCUGAUACUACUCAAGCUGAUACCACUUUCGAAUCAUCCACCACCAAUUCGAACAGCUUUUUAAAGAAUGCUCAAAAGACUGCGAAAGAUAUUACUCAGAAGGUAGAUGAAAAUGUUUCCAAUGGUAACGUCACUAGAAAGAAAACAUCUCUUAAAAAGUUAUUAAGAAAAAAGAAAUAG